AUGCCUUUUAUUUCUUAUUCUAAGUUUUUUUUUUUUUUGUUUAAAGGGGGAAAAAGAGAAAUUACCAUGCAACGCACACAGCUUUUACGCAAAUUUAUCUGUCGAGCUGGUGCUCUUGGCAUCUUUUCUGCACAACGCCAGAUUUUACCUGCAUCGAAUAAUUAUUAUUUAUCGAGUAUUUCAAUCCCUUUGGCCAUAUCGGCGCGGUUUCACACUGAGGGCCAGGGAGGAGGUGAUGAGGCAACCCGGACUGGCCAGUAUCUUCUUAACAAAGACGAUGUUUUGACUCGUGUACUGGAGGUAGUGAAAAAUUUUGAAAAGGUUGAUGCAUCGAAGGUAACACCAGAAUCUCAUUUUGUUAAUGAUCUUGGACUUAACUCCCUGGACGUUGUUGAAGUGGUUUUUGCAAUUGAGCAGGAAUUUAUUCUAGAUAUUCCUGACCACGAUGCUGAAAAGAUCCAAUCCAUUCCUGAUGCCGUUGAAUAUAUUUCUCAAAAUCCAAUGGCCAAAUAG